AUGUCUUUUUGGCCGUUCACGAACACAUUGAACAGCAAUAGUAGACUUCAAAAGUUCUUAGACUCAGUUCUGGACUUGGCAGGAGUAACGGUUGAGGACUUGAUCAGCUCACCUACCUUACUGCAAGAGCUUGUUAACGAAUUACAUACUAUCAAAGGCACAUUCAAUAACACUACUAGUCUCCAGCUUUUACAACAACAACAGCAACAACAACAGCAGCAGCAGCAGCAGCAGCAACAACAACAACAACAACAACAACAGCAGCAACAGCAAGAACAACAUCUACAACAGCAGCAACACGAUGCUAAUAGUGAUGCAAAUGAGUUGGCAUCUGUGAGCUCAUCAAAUUUAGAUAAUGCAAGCAACAAUAGUAAGGAUGGAAGGGCGGCUAAACUUAUCGAGAUUUUAAUACAACCACAUGUCUUAAACGGGUUUCUUGACUACUUGGUGAAGAGCGUGGAUUUUUUUUACGAAUUGAGCUCUGAAGACAGGGAUGACGAAGAAAGAGUAUCACUGUAUGUUGAACAGAGGCUCGAGGAGGACGAGGACUUAGAACCCGAAGUAGAGUUGACUGAGCUGACAGAAAGUAAGGAGAAAGAUGAAGAAGAAGAGAGCGAAGAAGACAGGAUGAGAAGGUGUAUACAAGUUUCUUCAGAAAUUUUAGCUAUCGAUCUAUGGAUUAUCCUGAAUCGCAUAAUUGAAACUCCUGCCAUAAUGAAUAAACUUUGGAAGAUUAUUCAACUUCCUCACUUACUGGAGUGCUCGCCCUCAGUAUCUUAUCUCGUUCAUGUUUUAGAUCAAUUGAUGGAUACAAAUAGUAUCGAAUUGUUAAAUUAUGUGAGACGACAGCCAGAUUUAGUUGAUAUAUUUCUAGGUAAAAUUGAAAUACCAAUGUUGAUGGAUUUCUUCUUACGUGUCAUUCAGACAGACAAGGCCGAUUCUCCAACUGGAAUACUAGAGCGAUUAUCACUGCAGCAAUUAAUCCCCAAAUUGAUAGAUAUUUUGAGACCCCAGCUAUCUCAGUUUGAUAAUCUGGUCUCAGGUAUACCCAAUCCAGAUUUAUUUUUCAAACAAACAGCUGCGACUGAUUUUAUAAAGGCACUAGUCACAAUAUCAUCUAAUACGGCAUUAGCUGUUGUGCUAGAAACAAACAUUGGACCGAACGAGCUUACGAGAGAGCUUGUGUCUCCAAAGAUCAUUAACAUCAUGAUUAACGACAUUAUACUUUACAAGGUGAAAUCAAGAAAUGGGGGACUAGAUCAAACUAAUAAACAUGGAAUUAACAACUGCGUGGGAAUUAUUAUUGAACUUAUUAGAAAGAAUAAUUCUGAUUAUGAUUUGAAUUGUGGUUCCUAUAGUUCUUUAUUGAGCAAUGGAGAAAAUGGCGCUGGUGAAGUCAAUUCAUACGUAAUGUAUCAGUGGUUGAAAGAUUUUGAUCAAAAUCCUCCCGGACAGAGAGAUCCAAUUUAUUUAGGACAUAUGUUAUCAAUUUUUUCAGAAAACUUAACGAAGUUAACUGAGUUGAUGGAAAUCCCUCCUAUUCCACCUUCGAAUGUUGAUUCCAAGAUAUUGGGAUUUACUAAGUUUAAGAUUUCCGAGUUGAUCGCUGAAUUACUACAUUGUUCGAAUAUGAUUUUGUUGAACUCCAAGAAAAUCAAAAAGAUUAUUGAAGUUCGAGACGGUAUCAGAGCAGAUCAAAAUCGCAGGAUAAGAACUGCUUUGAAUGACCGUCUAGUAUUCAAUGAUUCUGCCGAUGGGGUUGCCACAGGUGUAGACAGCAUUAAGCUACACGAUGAAAGUAAGAAUUUUGACACAGAAACUAAUCCCUCGAAGAACUUGAAGGAAGUUUUAGAGUCAUUUGAUGAAGAAUCAGAAGAUGAGGAGCCUACAAUUUCCCCGGAGGAUCCUUUUGUCUCGAAUGAUAGAGACCAGUCAAUUCGAACAGAUCCCUGUGUUGGUGACUUAUUCAAGAUAAAGCUCUUAGACCUGACUAUCUUACUUAAAGUGAUCGCCACUUUCAUGGAAUAUCCUUGGCACAACUUUUUUCACAAUGUCGUAUUUGACUUGAUACAACAAAUAUUCAAUGGUAAGCUCAAUUCCUACAAUUCAUUCUUAAUUGUGGAUCUUUUCAAGACAGAUCGCUGUGAUUUGACUGGUAUGAUAAUAAGGGCAUACAAUACAAAGUCUGAACCUCGUCCAGGUUAUAUGGGACACAUAAUUCUUAUCAGCGAGGAAGUUGUCAAGUUUACUUCUUUAUAUAAACCAGAUUUGAUUUCUCCUGAAAUUGUGAAAGCUAUUCUGACCGAAGACUGGAGCUGGUUUGUGAAUGAGGUCUUACUCAAAACCCGGGAAGUUUAUAAUGUAGUCCUUGGAGCUGAGUCCGACGAAAAAGAUGGCGAAGAUGGACCUGGACUGGAUUCCUCAAAGACAGGAUAUUUAGACUUGGAUGAUUACGAUAGUGCAAACAAAAAGAAUGUUAUUUAUUUAGGUGACGAAUCGAACCACGACGUUUUCAUUAACGAUAUCAGUGCCCAGGCUAAACAUGAAAACAAUGGUGAAGGUGGUCAUGACGAUGAUAAUGAUGAUUAUGACAACUUAGAAGAGCCAGAAGUGCCCGAUGUAAGAAUGAAAAAUAUUUCGCCCGCUGAGACAUUGCGACGUAUUGAAUCCGAGGAAGGUAUUGACGAUGACAACAAUAAUUACGAUGAAAAUGAGUUCCUUGGUAACUUGUCAGGUUCAAGCUCUUCAGAUGAGGAUCUUGAUGAAGAUCUUGAUGAUGCUGAAGACGAAGACGAAGAUGAAGAUGAAGACGAAGGCGAAGAUGAAGGGAAGGGAGAAGAAGAACCAACUAACGAAUUACGAAGAGUGCCAACGCACAAAGAGUAG